AUGGGGAAGUUAUUAUCGACGCUGAAGAGGGGCGCCUACUUCCCUUGCCCACAGCACUUGACCCACGUGGUGGCUGACAUUACCCGAGAGCUAGUGGAUGCGGACUCUUCGAUAGAUUUUGAUUCGAAGUACGUUGUUGAUGAUGAGCGGGGUACAAUAGGUAGAGGGAAGUUUGGUAUGGUGUUGGCUUGUUGUCUGAGGCCGGACAAAGGCUUUCCCGGCCGACAACUUUUCGCAUUGAAGGUGAGGAGCGUUGGUGCGGCUUUGACCAUCAGACACACUGCUGUGAAACUCGUGUUCGACCUCUGUGAUGGCGGCGAUCUAUACGAGAGAGUCGGCAACUACUCUAAUAGAGAGGCUAAGAUACUAUUACGGAAUUUGACGGAUGGGUUGGCUUUCAUCCAUAGUAAGGGCCUCAUGCAUCGCGAUUUGAAGCCAGAGAAUAUACUUAUGGUCAGCCGCAGUAGCAAUACUGAAAUCAAGAUCGCUGACUUUGGGCUGGCCAGGGGAUCGGCUGGCUUCCCUCUGCGACUCCCUCGCAGUAGAACUAUCUGUGGCUCGGACUUCUAUCUUGCACCGGAGAUCAUCAGACAGGAGGAAUACGGCAGGGAGGUCGACAUAUGGUCACUAGGCGUGAUCGCCUAUGUUGUUCUGACCGGCUCCCUACCUUUUUACAAUGCUCAACUCCAUAAACUGUACCGACAGAUUCUCGUCAAGGACAUCAACUUGGAUAUCAUAGGAGAAAACUUUCAGCUACUCCUUACUGCUGGGUCGCGGGAUUUCAUCUGUCGUCUACUGCAGCUGCGGCCCGAAGACCGGCCCGCAGCGGAGACAGCCCUGCAGCAUCCAUGGCUCAGCUACACCUCUCCUAAGUCGAAGAGUUACCGACCUCCCCCUACUGCUAAUGGCCUUCUACUCACUAGCGCUGCAUGA